AUGACCAUAGAUCUCACCUCAAUGAGUGAUAAAUAUAGUGAUGAUGAUGAAGGUUGUGAAGAAACACAUAAAUUGAGACAAGAAAAUUGUGAGCUCCAACGCCAAUUAGCACGUUUACAGCAACUAUAUGGGAAUGCACAGAAGGAAAUCACUGAACACAUCAAGGCAACAGAGUCCCUGGUUAUUAAUACGGAACGGCUUGAGUCUCUGGUGCACGACCGAAACCUGGAGCUGGAAACACUCCGCGCCAAAACAAGCAGCGAGUCUAGCGAGGAUUUGCAGCGCGGGGGGUUGGUCGUAAUUUCUGGAGCCUCACCGUCCACUAGCGCCGCAUGUACCACGCUGCGCGAGACCGCUCCGCGAGUGAUGUGCGACACCGCACCGCCCAACAACGAGCCGCCGUGUGCCGCGCUGCCGAGUGUCGCGCCGGCCGGUGAUGUGCCGCCGGGAGCCGAGCCGCGGAGGAUCAGAGUCCGCGGAGCUUCGAGGCGUGGGGCGUCAGCGGCAGUGCCGCCGUCCGCGGCGCAAGCGCCUGCGGCGCCCCCGCCCGCUGCGCCGCCAGGGGCUGUCCAACCGGCUGCGCUGGCGGGCGUGAAGGAGCCGCGCCGGGCACUGCAAGCGCGGCCGAUCGCCCGUCACUGCGCGCCGCCACCGGCGGCGGGUCCGCCGACCGCUCCGACACAACCGCCUCGUCGGAACCACUCGGAUACACCAACAAAGAGCCGCGUAUGGGUUGUGUCGCUGAAACGUACUGAACUCUUCGCUAGUGAAGGGGGGGCCGUUAUCGCUCACGACCUGUCUAGGGGUCCUAAGAAAUCUAAGUGUAGCCGCGACCACGGGCGGUCCGGCCACGGCCAGGGGCGCGGCGCAUGCGCGGGCGGCGCUGCGGCCGCGGCUGCGCACACGUCACACGCGUGA